AUGUCAAAACCCACCGCCAACUGGGAGAAAGUCGGCGACAAAUUCUACCGUAAAGUGCCUCUCUACAAGGAGGUUUUUGACUUGGAUCUCGAGCUUGAAAACUACAAGGUUGUGGGGGCUCCGUAUAGCGGUGCUGUGGCAAUAUACCGCGAUGAGGACAAGAUCCAUUCGUAUAGAGGCACUCAGGGCGCGAAAUCGAGUAUCGACAUCUACAGCUGCGCGGGGAGCUUGAUCAGGCGCAUAAACUGGGAUAAAGGAUCGAUCAAAGGACUUGGAUGGUCUGAAGACGAGAAAUUGCUCGUUGUGACUGAGGAUGGCACGGUGCGGUGCUAUUACGACCUUCAGGGCGACUUUACGCCAUUCACAUUAGGCCAUGGCGCAGAAGACCACGGUGUUCUCGAGUGCCGCUUCUGGUCCUCCGGCUUCGUUGCCCUCCUGGGGAAUAACCAUCUCAUCGCUGUAAACCGCUAUGACGAACCGCGUCCCAAGCUCCUCGCUAUACCACCCACAGAACCUGUCGUUUCGUGGUCUAUAAUACCUCCCGCAUACUCCCUAUCGCGGUCUGUGGAAGUAAUACUCGCGAUAGGGAAGACGCUGUUUGUGAUUGAUGCUACAGACGCAGAGGACCGUGACUUUACGGCUGGGCCGUUCCAGCACAUCAGUGUCUCUCCAAGGGGAGAAUUCCUGGCUUUCUAUACAGAGGAUGGAAAGGUGUGGGUUGUAAGCGGCGACUGGACGGAGAAGCUAUCCGAGUACAAUUCCAAAGCCAAGACGGUUCCGAAGGAUAUGCAAUGGUGCGGAAGUAAUGCUGUGGCUUUGGCUUGGGAAGAUGAGGUGCAUCUGAUAGGGCCGAGAAGUGUGGCGACCAAGUUUUAUUACGAUGCAUGGAUACAUCUUCUACCAGAUAUGGAUGGCAUACGACUGCUUACUAACGACGUUUGCGAAUACCUUCAGAAAGUUCCUGAUGUGACGGAAGAAGUAUUCCGACUGGGCUCCGAAUCACCAGCUGCAUACCUCCUAGAAGCUGCAGAGCAGCUAGAAAAGAAGUCACCAAAAGCCGAUGACCUUAUCCAGCUUAUCCGCCCAAAUCUUGCAGAGGCCGUCGAUACCUGCGUAAAAGCCGCCGGCCACGAGUUCAAUAUACACUGGCAGAAGCAACUUCUAAAAGCCGCCUCGUUCGGCAAAUCGGUCCUUGAUCUGUACAGCAGCGACGACUUUGUAGAUAUGUGCGAGACGCUACGGGUUCUAAACGCCGCAAGAUUCUACGAGAUUGGGCUCCCUUUGAGUUACGACCAGUAUAAGCGGCUUACCCCUGAGAAGCUUAUCGAACGUCUAAUCAACCGUCACGAAUACCUAUUAGCUCUCCGGAUAUCAGACUAUCUACAUCUACCAACAGACAAGAUCUAUGUCCAUUGGGCGAGCCAAAAGGUCCGCGUGUCGAUUGAAGAUGAGGAGAGUAUCUGCCGCCUAAUUGUGCAAAAGUUGCAUGGCAAAGCUGGGGUCAGCUUCGAGGAAAUAGCAAGAGCGGCUUACGAUGAAGGUCGUGCACGCCUCGCCACAGAGUUGCUGAACUACGAGCCUCGAGCAGGCAAGCAAGUCCCACUCCUCCUCGGCAUGAAAGAAGACACCAUCGCCCUCGACAAGGCCAUCGAAAGCGGCGACACAGAUCUAAUCUACCACGUCCUCCUCCAUCUCCGCAAAAAGCUCCCUCUCGCCUCCUUCUUCCGCACCAUCAACUCCCGCCCCGUCGCCACCGCUCUCGUCGAAUCCUCGGCCCGCUACCAAGACCGUGAACUCCUUAAAGACCUCUACUACCAGGACGACCGCCGCCUCGACGGUGCCAACCUCCUCAUCGCCGAAUCCCUCAACCAAACAAACACCCCCGCCCGCAUCGACAAGCUCAAACUCGCUUCAAAGCUCCUCCAGGACUCCCGCGAGAAUGCCUUCGCCGCCAAAGCCAUCGACGACACCGCGAAGCUCCUCCGCAUGCAGGACACCUUCGAGAAAGACCUCGGCCCCGGCUUCGUCGGCCUGAGCAUCAACGAAACCAUCUUCAACCUCGUCAAGGCCGGCCACACCAAGCGCGCCGCAAAGGUCCAGUCCGAGUUCAAAGUCCCCGAGCACACCUUCUGGUGGGUGCGCCUGCGCGCGCUCGUCGCCGCGCGCCACUGGAACGAGCUCGAGAGCUUAGGGCAGCAGCGCAAGUCGCCGAUUGGGUGGGAGCCGUUCUUCAACGAGAUCUUAGGCGCGGGAAACACGCGGGUCGCGAGCGGGUUUAUCCCGAAGUGUACGGGGCUCAGCGUGCCGGAGCGGAUCGAGAUGUGGGUCAAGUGCGGCUUGGUGGUGAAGGCGGGCGAGGAGGCGCUGAAGGCGAAGAAUCGGCCGGCGUUGGAGGAGCUCAGGGCGAAGGCCAGUGGGACGGCGAUUGCGGAGAUUGAGAGGCUGAUUGGGAUGUUGCCGCCUGUAAGGAAGUAG